GCAUCUUCGAUAACAGGCCAUUCUCGAUUGACUCCUUUGAUUAUUCAGCGACGCCCAUCUACAGCCCCGGGCCGCAGCGCACCGUCCCCGCAGUCAACCGGCGUCAGCAGGCAACAGGAGGGGCGCGGCAACAGCUCUGCGUCCACGCCAGGUCAUUCGCACAGUCGGGGAGCUAGAAGGUGUGUGCGAAGUGCGGGCGGCGCAUGCUCGGCAACAGGCAGCGCUGCCUGCAGGCGGUCGUACCAUGGGGGGCUCACGUUCUCACCAAGUCCAAGUGUGCAAUCACUGCGGGACGGUGUGGGGAUGUGACGUCAACUCCGCAACCAACAUCCGUCACGCGCUGGUGGAGAUGCUGCUGGGGCACAAGCGACCUGCAUCGCUGCAGAAUGGCGGCGGCGGGGGCGGCGGCGGCGGGGGCGGCGGCGGCGGCGGCGGCAGCGGCCGCGGGGGCGCGUGCGCGCAUCUUGGUAGCGGAGGGGGCGGGAAAGGCCACGUGGAUGAGGAGAGCGCAGUGCCGCCCAAGAAGCGGCGCAAGCGCGCAGGCUGAGGAGCCGGCUGGUGUCUUGGUAGCGGUCCGCGGUGGGGCUGGCCGGGCAUGCGUAGCGGCAUGACAAGAAGUGCGGCUGUUGACAACUGUGCUGCGUCUGGCUGCGGUUGGCUCUGAUGUGGCAUCGCGGUUGUUAGGCACCUGGUUUGGCUAUGUACCUGUGAUUGACGUGCUUGGAACAACGCAACACGCCUGUGGGUGUGUGAUGGGACAGGGUUUAGGCAGGUUGGCGUGGUCCGUAGGGUGCAGCUGAUGCCCAUACCCCAAGCAGACGGCAGACAGUUUGCAGUGGCAGAGCAGAAGUGCAUGGCUGGUCGAACGCCAGAGUUACUGUACCGACAAGUUGCUGGCUGGCUGGAAGUUUGCUGAUGCGCAUUCCUCACGCUCCGGGCGCCCGGCCAGGCGAUAGCACCACACAGACACACCGCAACGCCACACUCGCAAUGCAGAGCCGGUGGAAACCGACCCCGGCUAUGUCCGGGCGAUGAGGUUGUUCGGUCUCAGACUGUGGAGGGGCUCAGCCCCUUUUCCCUUGACCGGGGAACAAUUCUCUCUGCCUGGUUACCCCUUAUCUCUUC